UGCCUCUGCCAUAAGCUCUUAAUUAUUUACCAACUUCAUCUAUCCCUUUUAUUUUGAAAAUGCCUCUGAAAUUCGAACUUGGUCCUGGCAGGAUGAUUGGGGGUUCUAACCCCUGUUUUAUUAUUGCAGAAAUUGGACAGAACCACCAGGGAGAUAUUGAAAUCGCCAAGAAAAUGAUCAAGAUGGCCAAGGACUGCGGGGCAGACUGCGCCAAAUUUCAGAAGAGUGAGCUUGAGUAUAAGUUCAACAAGCGUGCUCUGGAGCGUCCGUACAACUCCAAACAUUCCUGGGGAAAGACAUACGGUGACCACAAGCGUCAUCUGGAGUUCAGUCAUGAACAAUAUAGAGAGCUCCAGAAAUAUGCAAAGGAGGUUGGAAUCUUCUUCACCGCUUCUGGAAUGGACGAGAUGGCUGUGGAGUUCCUGGAUGAGCUUGAAGUGCCCUUCUUCAAAGUUGCCUCAUGCGAUGCCAACAAUUUCCCCUAUCUGGAACUGACUGCAAAAAAAGGACGGCCUAUGGUGAUAUCCAGUGGGAUGCAGUCGAUGGCGACAAUGAGACGGGUCUAUCAGACGGUCAAGGAGCACAAUCAGAACUUCACCAUCCUACAGUGCACCAGUGCCUACCCAUUGGACCCUGAGGAUGUCAACUUAUGUGUCAUAGCAGAAUACCAGAAGGAAUUCCCUGAUAUUCCCAUAGGAUAUUCCGGUCAUGAAAGGGGAAUCAGCAUUACUGUGGCAGCAGUGGCGAUGGGGGCAAAGGUCGUGGAGCGUCACGUGACCCUGGACAAGAGCUGGAAGGGCAACGACCACGAAGCGUCGCUGGAGCCUUCUGAGCUGACAGAGCUGGUCAGAGCCAUCCGCCUUGUGGAGCGGGCCCAAGGCACGGGCAUCAAACAGAUGCUACCCUGUGAGAAAGCCUGCCACGACAAGCUGGGGAAGUCAGUUGUGGCCAAAGUGGCGAUCCCUAAAGGCACGGUGCUGAGUCUGGAUAUGCUGGGGGUGAAGGUGGGCGAGCCGAAGGGCGUCUCUCCUGAAGACAUGGGUCAGCUGGUGGGCAAGGCCGUCACAGAGGACGUGGAGGAGGAUGAGAGCAUCACUCCACAUAUGGUGGACGGCUACAACAACAAGGGCUGAGUCGACCAGGUGUGCGUUUAGCAAGACACAACGUUGUGGAACUUUCAGAUAGAAAGAUUCUAUGUAAGACAAACUUGUUAACAUGCUGACUAGACCGGUGUUAUGAUAUUGAUGGUACAGUAUGUCAGGACUGGUGGUCUGUUUACAUUUCUACCCUUGUGGCUAGAUGGAGUAGGCCUACAUCUCCAUAUAGUGGUCGACAGUUGUUGACAACUGUAGCGUUGUAGCUAAACCCUAAUCCUUUUCCUAAUCUUAACCUCAGUUUCCUAACCUGCUACGUUAUUUCACCAAACCUGCUGUUGGUUCCCCUAAACUGCCACGUUAAUUCACUUAACCUGCCACUUUAAUUAACCUAACCUUCACCCAACCUGCCACGUUAAUUAUCUUAACCUGCUAUGUAAACAGACCAUCAGUUCCGAUGUACCAUCAUUAUCAUCACACCUGCCACGUUGCGUGCGCGAGCGUUACAAAAUAAUUGUACAAGUUAUGCAAUCAUGUCGUUCAAACUGCUCACGCGCGUCAACGGUUCUAUUUCAGACGCUUAACGGCUGCAAGUCCCGCCUCUCCCAUCUACUCAUUGGUUUUCACAAGCAUACUUACUCACGUGGGUGAUUGAAAGACGAACGAGAAGAGAUUAUUCAAAGAAAACUAACUAAAAACUAACUAGGUACCAUCACAUUUCAGGUAAACUAACAACCCAAUGUUUAUGCCCCAGGACAAAUUAGCUAGCAAUAGCUAGCUAAAUGUCCAUGAAUGUGUCAUGUGUGUUUCGACCUGUCCCCAAAUUAAUACAGUUGGUUUUGGUAAUUUAACCUGCGUGUCAUGAACGCGUCUGAUGGGGAUAGUCAAAAUCAACAUGUGCAUUGUGUAUGCACUUGCGGGGCUGGUUUGGUGAAGUUGUAACAUGCUCACUACACCGGCCACAGCAUGCAUCCGCAUGUUGAUGUUGUCCAUCCACAUUAGAUGCGAUCAUGACACUCAGGUUAAAAUAUCAAAGCCAACUGUGAACGAACUAUAUUAAUUUGGGGACAGGUUGAAACACACAUGAAACAUUCAUGGACAUUUAGCUGGCUAGCUGUUGCUAGUUAGUUUGUCCUGGGAGAUGAAAAUGUUUGCCGUUUUUUUUUGCUGUUGUUGCAGCUGUUUUUACUAACCCUAUUUGAAGGGGUUAGUCAGUGAUACGUUUAAUAACUGGCUGAAAAUGUUAUUAUUGACUUAAUAUCACAAGCGUUCAUUGUGGACAAUUAAAAAAUGUUUGUGUGGUGGACUGGUGGAUCGGUGGAUCGGCAUUCCUCUAAAACAGAUGUUCAUUUCGGUGUAACAAAAUACACCUGGCUGUCAUCCAAAAAUGUGUUUUUCAGUAAAAAAAUGACAUAAACAUA